GUUUGAAAAUGAAAGUAGAUGUUGUGGUGGUGGGUGGGGGUAUAUCGGGACUGACUGCCGCCUAUCAACUGCAUAAAAAGGACUCAUCUUUACAAAUCAUUGUGCUUGAAGCUAAAGACAGAGUGGGUGGACGAACAUUAACGUUACCUUUAAAAGCAGCAGAUGGAACAGAUAAUUUUGACCUUGGAGGACAGUGGGUUGGAAGAUGUCAACCCCACAUCAUGGCCCUGUUGGAGGAGCUGGGACUAACCACACAUGUCCAGUAUCUGGAGGGCAAGAAGUUUAUGCAGCUGGGAAGUGACAGAAUUAGCAGCUAUAGCUCAGAUAUCCCCUCGCUGUCCCCACUAGCACUGAUUGAUCUACAGAGAUUUAUGUACAAGCUGGAAUGGAUGAGAAAGCAAGUUGAUAUCGGGGAUCCAUACCAGAGUCAGUAUGGAGCUGAAUGGGAUGCCAUGACCUUGGAAACAUUUUUUAACAAGCAAUUGUGGACUAAAGGUGCCAAAGAAACCAUAGAGAGUGCCAGUCGCUGUAUGUUUGGCAUAGAGUCAUCUCAGAUUUCGGUUUUGUACUACAUUAGUUAUCUGAGUGGUGCUGGCAGUCUGAAAAAUCUUAUAGAGGCCACAGAAUACACAGCACAGGAAUAUAGAAUUAUUGGAGGAGCCCAACAGAUCAGUCAGAAGUUAGCAGCUUCCCUUCCUCCAUCUUGUGUUCAGCUGCAGCAACCAGUCAGAAAAAUCACACAGCAGGAAAAUGGUGAUGUUACCGUGACAACAGAGAAGGGGGAUGUCUAUAGUUGUGACAGAUUAAUCCUGGCUAUUCCACCCAACAUGACAAAUAAAAUUCAGUUUGACCCUUUGCUGCCUUCAUGCAAAAGAGAACUGGUAAAAAGGAUGCCUGCUGGAAAUCUAAUUAAAGUCAUUGUCACUUAUAAAGAGGCAUUCUGGAGGAAAGCUGGUUUAUCAGGAGAAUUUGUAACCAAUGGAGGACCCAGUGUAUUAACUGAAUGUGAUAGGGGGCCACUCUGUAUUGUGUAUGAUGCCACAUCAGCCAGAGGAAAUGCUGCCAUUGUAGCUUUUCUGGGAGGUGCACCUGCCAUUCAGUGGAGAAAUCAAAAGAAAGAAGACAGGAGAUCGGCGGUAUUAAAAUCCCUUUCAGAUUUCUUAGGACCUGAGGCACUGAAUUAUCUGGAUUACGUAGAAAAAGACUGGAGUGUAGAGCCCUAUAAUGAAGGCUGCCCUGUGUGUACUGUAGGACCAGGGGCCAUGGCUUACUUUGCUGCAGGACUUAGACUUCCCUUCAACAGGAUUCAUUUUGCUGGGACAGAAUCGGCCACCGUAUGGUGCGGCUUUAUGAAUGGUGCCGUCCAAUCAGGACUCAGAGCUGCUAAUGAGAUUCUGUUUCACCUUCGACCUCAGGCUGUGUCUGCCCAGGAACUUGCCACCACAGCGUAUGGACCCUCCAGUUUCCUUCCACACACCAAAUCGAAAGGAAGCAGGUCAAGGACAUUUGUCAAGGUCACUCUUGGAUUAGGAGCUGUGGUUGCCAUUGUUAUCAUAGCAAAAAAAGUGGCCAGCAGUCUUAAUGAAAAGUUCACAAAGUCAGUUUCAAGAGUCGUUAUUUUGUAAAAUCCUGAUGUAUUCUUUGUUUUGACUAUGUGCUAUUAUAUUCCUAAUAAGUACUUAUUAACCAUCCAGUCUUUCAGGAAUAAGUUGUUUUGUGUAUUAUGUAGAUGUGAUAUGAAUAUGACAAAGGUGAUAGAAAUACAUAUACAUGUAUAUUAAAAAAAUGUCUCUUGAUUGUGCCAAAUUCUUGAUAUGUUAUUGAUUUUUGUAAUAUAUUAUUAUUAAUGGGCAUGAUAACAUUCCAGCUUUAAUCCGUAAUUAAAUUUACUUUUUCUGGAAUUUAGUAAAUUUAGAAUUUUUUUUACAAAUUUAAAUGUAUUUCUUUAAUUAUAUUCUCAGACUGGCAUCUGUUUGUGCCAUAAUCGAAGCAAAUUAAUAUUUCUUUUUUUUUGUAUUUUAUUUCUUUAACAAAAAAUGUUGUGUACAAAAUGCAUUGUUUAUAUCUGAAUUUCCAAUUAA